AAGCAGACUUCAGAAAGUUCACAUGAGGAUCACUCAGCUGUGUUUUGGACACAUGUUUCCUUUAAUGGCAGCACUGCUCCUGCUUUUGUUGAGUGGAGUCAGAUGUGAAGAGCUCACUGCUCUAAAGCCUGAGGUCUGCGCUUCAGAAGGCUCCUCUGUCUCUCUGGGAUACUCUUAUGAGAGAAAAGCUACUGGUGGUGAUGUUUUCUUCUGGUAUCGACAAUAUCCAGGAAAACCUCCUAAAGUUUUCUUCUCCCACACUGGAAAUGGAAAUAUAUUGCCAAAUUCAAACCCUCGGUUUUCUCUAAAUAUCAGCAAAGACAGCAGACAUCUCCAUGUGCUGGUGUCGUCUGCUGCAGUGGGAGACUCUGCUGUGUACUACUGUGCUGUGAGGCCCACAGUGACAGCAAACCCACAGUCUCUGAACAAAAACCUACAGAAAAAUCGAGACACUCCAGAGUAUAUUUUACAGAGGGGCCCGCUGGGAACGAAUGCCAACUCUCCAAAGUUCAACAAAUACAAGUUUGACGCUGAGCUGAAGGGAAACUCUUCCUCUCUGAAGAUCCAGGAUGUGGAUGUGACAGACUCUGCUGUGUACUACUGUGCUCUGCAGCCCACAGUGACAGGAAACACCAAAACUCUGAACAAAAACCUCUGGAGCAAAGACAACACAAUACUGCAGUAG